AUGGCUGCUGUUCUUGCUCAGAUCCCUGAUGAGUUCGGUCUUGGUCACAUUGAGGAUUCGGUGUUACUGACCCCAUGUAGAGAGAUUGAUCAUAACUUGAUAACGGCCUUCGUUGAGCGAUGGCGGCCUAAAACCCACACCUUCCACCUGCCACAUGGUGAGACAACGAUCACAUUACAAGAUGUGGAGGUUCUUUUGGGGAUUCCAAUCGAUGGUGAGGCAAUUGUUGGAAAAACUGACUUGACAUGGGCUGCUGAAUGUCAAAGUCUACUUGGAAUUGCUACUAAUGCUGUGGUGCUUAAAGGACAAAGGAUCCUAAUUAACAAGCUACUAGAAAAAAUUGACCAAGGGUUGCCCGAUGGUGCAGCAGAGGUGGUUGUGCAUCAAUAUGCACGGUGUUAUAUUCUAGCACUCCUGGCAAACACAAUUUUUGCUGACAAGUUUGGCGAUAGGGUGCAUACGAUGUGGUUACAGAUGUUGAGGGACCUUCGCAAUCCACCUCAGUACAGUUGGGGGAGCGCUUGCCUUGCAUAG